UAUUACAAUUUAUUAUAAUGAAAGUUUUAUUGAUCGAAGCGCAGUUAUGAACUUACGCAAGAGAAAAUUCAGUUAAAUAAUUUUAUAAUUAAUGUUACUACAUAUUAGGAAUUACUAUGGUUUCCAUGGGAUAAUGGUUUCUUUUGUCGUACAACAUUCUCCGCGCUUAUGUCACUACAGGAAUACUAGCUCAGUUUAAUUUUUUAACAUUCCUUUCUUUCUUUUUUUUUCCCUUUGCAUUAUAAGGCGCCUGCCUUUUCAUUCGUGCAACAGCGGUUGCUCGCUGAUACGAGAUAAAAGACGCGGCAUAUAAAGUACCGAAGCUUCUAUGUUCUCAGAUAAAAAUAAUAUAAAUUGACAAUAAACGAGACACCAGUGGCAUAGCACCAGGUAGAAUUUCAAUUUAAUUGCAAUUAAGAAAACAAUGGAAGAAAACCUUGUUUUAACCCAGUAACGUACAAUAAUGGAAUGUUGCACGUUUCAUAUGUUUAAUAUUUCAUUUAUAUCAGAAUCAGAAGAUUACAUUACGUAUUCCUUCAUGCGUACCGUCAUUGAUCGGUAGCUUCCACUUGACGCGAAAACACGGUCUGACCCGUAACGCAGUUAUACUACUUAGAGCAGUGUCCGUCCACAGAAAGCGUUCACUAUCGAUGCUCUUCGUUUCGAAAGCGUGAAAUCAAUUUUACGAAAUGAAAAAUCUGAUAACAUUUGAUUAUACAAGUAUACUAUAAAAUUGUACAAAAUUGUAGAAAUGAAAAAUUUGGUAUUAAAGAAGAAUCUAACAAUUUUAAUUUGUUUUUUUUCUUUCUCUCAAUCCUAAUCAGAACAUCCUACAUCAUUUUACGAAUCGAAAAUCGUUUGACCCUGUUAACGAUGGCAAAGAUCGUGGCUGGUAAUUUCGGAACAAUCACUUCUAUCAUUCUAAAUUCCACCUCUCGUAUUCUCAUAACGUCAGCUCAGACUGCUCCGACCUAUCUUCCACGUCUCCUUCUUCGUGUUCCUAGCGUAGUUUCCUAUGUAGUACGCCGUGAUCUUCUUAGAUGCGUGGAAUUGUCGCAACGAAACUCGUUAUCUCGUGUCUAGAAACUGAACAAGCCAUCUAACCGCUGUGACAGAGACUGGAGAGAGGCAAGUGUUCAUCAAUUACUGUAUCAAAUGAAAACUGGCUAACCAUGGAGAUUACGUUAAUAUUUAAAACCGUUGGAUGAAACGGGAGUAAUUCAAGAGAUUGCGUGACACAUUCUAGUGACGUUUGAAUCGAAGAUUGUAAAUCAUAGGAUUAUAAAUCUAAAAUAAAAAUUUGUUUGCAAGUUUUCAUAUGCCACGAUAUUCAACCUUUAUCCAUCAUAGAUGCGAUUGACUACGCGACAGUGAAGCUUUUGAUAUCGAACAAAUCUUUUUCUUACGUUAUAUGGAAUAUUCGAAUGUCUGAUACGAGGGAUUUUAACGAAGGAAACGAAAGAAUGCACGAUAAUAAGAUAAAUUCCUAUGGAAAUGAAAGGGUGAUCCGCGUAUGUACCGAGCAGGGAGGAUGUCAAACAUCGUACCCUUACAAAGUCACCGAUCACAAUACCCAGAAAAGUUUGCUCGGACGAAACUCGUUACCUGGUACCAGGGACACGUCUGGGCAGGCAAGCGGGAUGCGUCCAGGGCAUUCGUCCAAGCAUCUCCGACGAAGAAAGAAAGAAGAAACUCAGACAGCAUGUGUCCGAGGGAAAAACGUAGAGCGUGGAAGGUUUCCAGCUAUGAAACUUUUGGAAAAGGAAAAAGAUAGAGAGAAGAAGAAAAAAAAAAAAGGAAAACAAAAAGAUGAAAAUGCGAUAGGUAAAGCAGAGACAUCCACAGGUAGAGAAGGAACGUAUGAAAAGCGAGAGGAAUGGAAUAGGAAGAGAAAACAGCGCGAGAAAGAUAGAUACAGAAGGAAGAAGGCAUAUAAAGGUGAAUGAGAGGAUGAGGUGGAGUGGUGUAGGUGGCCUGGGGAUGAGGAGAGCCGGGGAUAGAGUGGAUCCAGGGUGAGGAGAGGAAGGAGGAGUUGGAGAGAGAUUUGUGAAGGUAGGAGAAAGCAGCAGAGGUAGCAGCAGCAGUGGCAGCAGCAGUGGCAGCAGCAGUGCCCGGGCAUCAGGGCACAGUAUGUUGGGCGCAAGCGCCAGCCGGGUUAGACUAGGGUUGCUGGUGCAGGCGGCGGAGGGUGGGUGUCGGUGGGUACCUGUAGGAAGUUUAUCGGCGGCGAGUCGGUGGUGGGUGGAAGCGUUGCCUUUGGAGGUGGGGUUGUAGGUGGACGAUGGAGGUGGAGGUGGAGGUGGAGGUGUAGGCAGGAGCAUACUCCGUACACCGAGGAUUUCCAGGCAGCAGACAGUCUACGGCCCGGGACAGAGGGACCAGGACCAGCCUCGGAAAGGAGAGCUCGUCGUGGACCCCCUUCCUUUAAUCGAAACGGAUUUUUUUUUCCAAGUGUUCAGUGACCUUGAAUGUUUACACGUACCCUUGUUCCAUGCUGAUUCGUGACGGGAAUGGAAGAGGAAAUCUUUUAACCACCAUCCGACGGGAUUACAUCUCGCUACAGGAUUCUUUAUCUUGAUGCCUGGCUCCGAGGUAUAUACACGAUUCUACCGGUGUGAUCGUUAAUCACGUAACGGCGAUGCGUUCGUAAAGGAAUCGACGAUAGCUGAAUGAGAUUGCGAGAAGCCGAGGAGAAAGAAGAAUUAGAGAUGAGCGAAAUCGUUCGGCCGGGAAUUGCUCGGAGCACGUGCCUCGCACGCAGAAGGCGCUCGGAACGGCACCAGGUGCGCUAAUCGAGGACCAAUCUACGAAACAAAGUGACGCACGAAUAAUUGAACGUUGCACCAACAUAACGUUAUCGUCUUUUAACGUUACCGAGAUUCAACACCGCUCUUACUUAAAUCUACUAUCUUAAGUCGAUCAUCGUUGAAUGAACCGGCAAGCAGGAAUGCAAGUUCAUGCUGUUGUACCUUCGAGGACGAUCUCGAUGAUCGUUUUAUUAACAUCCUUUUUCAUGUUCAUCGGAAUCGACGGCAUGGGACACGUCAGUGGACACAAUGAUCGGUCUACGUUUCAUCUGGACACAAGCACUUCUAGCGGUCCCGUGGUGGUUGCACCGGUUGGAAACCAAACGGCUGCAAUUGGUCGCGAAGUUGUUUUCUCUUGCAGUGUUCGCAACAUUGGAAAAUACAAGGUUGGAUGGCUACGUGCUUCGGACCACACGAUUCUGUCGGUUCACACGAGAACGGUAACGCACAAUGCACGUAUCGCGGUCUCGUACGAAACCGGCGGAAGUUCCGGGUCCGGCGUGGCAUCCGCAAACGCCUUCGGUGUGACAGGAAGCAGCCAACCCACGGAGGAAGUCGUCAACGGCACGUGGCGGCUACACAUUCGUCAGUUAAAGGAAUCGGAUAGAGAUUGUUACAUGUGUCAAAUUAACACCAGCCCGAUGAUAUCCGAAUUAGGAUGUCUGGAUAUUCUUGUACCACCGGAUAUCGUUUAUGGAGGUGAUACUAGUGCGGACUUGGCAGUUUCGGAAGGGGACAAUGCAACUCUAAGCUGCAGCGCAACCGGAAGACCAACCCCAAGAGUGUCCUGGCGAAGGGAAGACGGAGAACCCAUUCUCAUAAGGGCCUCUUCUGCCGGUGGUAGCACGUUCGAGAGGCACGAAAGCUACAAUGGUUCUCUGCUGCAAUUCCAUCGUGUUGAGAGGAGACAAAUGGGAGCGUAUCUGUGCAUCGCCAGCAACGACGUGCCGCCUGCCGUUAGCAAGCGAGUGACACUCGCUGUGAAUUUUGCACCCGUGGUCAAAGCGCCUAAUCAGUUAUUGGGAGCACCCUUGGGAACGGAUGUGCAGCUGGAAUGUUACGUGGAGGCAUUUCCGAAUACAAUUAAUUAUUGGGUAAAAAAUCGACGAGGAGCGGAAGAUGAAAUGUUGCUCGAGGGACUCAAGUACAACGUGCGGGAAGAACGAUCCGGGUAUAAAGUUUUGAUGUGGCUGUUAAUCAAAGGAUUCACGGAACAGGACGUGGGGAGUUAUAAAUGCGUCUCGACGAACAGUCUUGGUAAAGCUGAUGGCACUUUGAGACUAUACGAAAUUAAAAUUAGCUCUGACAGAUCAUCGCGUGGAAAAGAUCACGUAUCCAUUAUCGGUGGUUUAGCCGAGGCUGCACAAAGUUCAGGUGCAAGUAACAACGUGAGAGGAUCGUUUGGAUGUAACAAGAAAUUAUCGCACUGUUUGUCGAUGUUUCUCUUCAUACCGGUAUUGUUCUGGCAACGGUGAAGAAGGUACCCGUUGCUAGUCACCGCUAAACAGAGUGCCGGAUAACUUUGUGCCAAAGGACAAGAAAAAUAAGUAUGAACGUUGUGUAUGCAUGUGUGUGGCCGAGAACAUAUCAGAAGAAUAAGAUCGUAAAGAGUAAAUAAGAAAGUGUGUUCUUUGUGAGAAGAACGAAUUACUUGAUUGAAUGUGCGAAUGAAAAGAAGCGAACCAAGAAAGAAAGAAAAAAAGAAAAAGAAGAAUAAAUUGAGGGCUCGCGUUCUUCAUAUCUUCCUACUUCCCUUUCCUACUCCCAAUUGCCAAGAAAAAAAAAAAAACAUUUUUAGAUCAAUGGAUGUUGUCAAUGUAUGCGCCCAGUUAGAUCCGCAAUUCGUUUUGUUAAAAAGUAUCGAUUACCGAUUGAUAUGAAUCGAUGAGAAGACUCACCGUGAGAAAACACAAGACUUGGAGAAAAGAAACGCUGAUGCAGCUUGGCCCUAAUUAUUAAUAAUGCUUAACAAAUCGUCGAUAAUAAUAACUUAACGAUCAUUUUGUCAUUGGUAUCAGCAUUGCAGACACUUAGACGUCAGGGAACUCGAUGUUUCGAAAUAAAAUUAUACGAUCGAACAAAUAUAUUGCAUAUCUGUACCUAUGUUCCUUAACCAAAGGGGUGUACGGGCCUCUAUUCCUAAUUUAUCAUUUUUCUUUUAAAAUAAUACAUUUCAAUGCAAAUUAGUCACAUGAUAAAAAAAAGUAAUUAAUUUCAAAGUUAUAUUCAUCAGCAAUAAUGAUCAAUCAAAAAGUUGACUCGAAAUAAUUUAUGUUACUACUUUAUCUUCGCGAAUCGUAGCGUUCAGCUCGGUAUCGUUUUCUAAAAAUUAUUAUUUGAUAAAUGUUUAGACGACGAUACCGAUUACCGGGUCACACCACGUGGA